AUGCAGUCCAUCAGAGACCUCAAACACAACCUGAGUCUCCCAUCUUCGGCUGCCAUGCCAGGGCCUCCUGACUCCUACCACCAGGGCAACAUCCGCAUGGUCCUGGAGGAGCCGGAACUGUGGAAGUCCUUCCACGAGAUCGGAACAGAGAUGAUCAUCACCAAACCCGGCAGGAGGAUGUUCCCACACUGUAAAAUCAGUUUAUCUGGACUCGUACCAUAUGCUAAGUACAUCUUAUUGGUGGACAUGGUUCCAGAGGAUGGCUUCAGGUAUAAGUGGAAUAAAGACAAAUGGGAGGUUGCGGGUAAAGCGGAGCCUCAGCCGCCGUGUCGGACGUACCUGCACCCCGACUCCCCCGCCCCGGGCAGCCACUGGAUGAAGCAGCCCGUGUCCUUCCUCAAGCUGAAACUGACCAAUAACACGCUAGACCAGCAUGGCCAUAUUAUCUUGCAUUCCAUGCACCGUUACCAUCCGCGGUUCCACAUCGUUCAGGCCGACGACCUGUACAGCGUGCGCUGGAGCGUCUUCCAGACGUUCACCUUCCCAGAGACGUCGUUCACCGCCGUCACCGCGUACCAAAACAGCAAGAUAACCAAGCUGAAGAUUGAUCACAAUCCUUUUGCUAAAGGCUUCAGAGAUGAAGGCUCAAACACCAAAAGACGUGCAAACAGAACUCUUGUGGAUCCAGAGAGGAUGGCGAAGAAGGCUAACUCGAUGCUAGAGCGCGGAAGCCCUCCAGACUUCCAGCAGUCCCCACACGGUGCGUUGGACAGAGAGGAGGUGCAGCGGAAGGAAGUCGAGGAGGUGAAGGGAGAGCGUUACUCCCCUUGGGGAGGAGAGUCAGAGAGAGAGAUCAACCACAGGCUACAGUCGCACUCCCCCCUGGGUCCAGACGCCAGGGACGCGUACGGCUCAGAGCAGCUGGUCCCAGGACAGAGUACCUACCAGCCGUACAGGUUUCAUGAAUACGGGAAGUCUCCACCCUCCUCCACCUCUUCCUCCAGCGUGGGCAGCGGUGCCAGCGUCUGCGGCAGGUCUGUGCGGGGCAGCUUUGAGUCCCGCGUGCCCGAUGUGGCCACCGUCCCCAUCCACGAGGCGUCCGGCAAGCUCCCUCCCCACGAAAUCGCCGCGACGCACCCCGCCCCGCAGGCCGGACACCAAGACUACACCGGGGUCAUCAACAUGUCCAUGGCCCAGUCCAAGACAGGUGUCCUGGGACACCACCCCCUCUACGCCACCUAUGGGGCGGAGCAGGCCUUGGGGCAGUGGGGCGGGCAGCACCCUGCUCAGUAUCCGCCGCCUCCACCUCCGCCGCACCACCUGCCCGCCGACUACGCCGCCCAGACCAUGCACCACGGCUAUCACCACGGUAACGUGAGCGACUGGAGCCAGUAUCCGCUCUUCUCUUACUCCUGCUGGUGA